AUGCUCCUACCACAGAUAGCAGACGAACACGACGCGGACAUCCUGAUCCUGUGUGAACCAUACAGGAGAAGGACGACUCAGACGUACAUUACGAACGAGACAGAGACCACAGCUAUCUGGGUAAGGGGUGCCACCCAAUCCCGAGUCUCUAACCGCGGUGUCGGGGACGAUUACGUCUGGGCUAAAGUCGGCGCUGUCACUUACGUCAGCGUCUACUUGACACCCAACUGCACCGCGGCCGAGUUCGAGAGGAAGGUGGCACUACUAGAAGACGGUAUCAGGGACCUGCCCGGGGACGUCGUCGUUGCGGGGGACCUCAACGCGAGGGCGAUCGAGUGGGGAAUGACGGAAACGAACAGACGUGGACGACUGCUGCUGGAGAUGGCCGCAAGGCUGGACCUAGCAGUGGUCAAUACGGGACAUACGCCGACGUACAGACGACCAGGAUUUGGAGACUCCAUCCCGGACGUGACGCUGACGUCGGACGAACUCAAAGACGCCGAAACAGCAGGACGGAUUGUUGACGGAUUGUUUCCGACGCACCCGAUACGGACGAACGCGACGGACGACGCUGACGUGCCGGCGCCCCCCGUCUUUGUCGCUGAGGAGCUCACCAGAGCAACGAAGGCGAUGAAGAGUGGUAAGGCGCCGGGACCAGACGGAGUACCGGCUGAGAUCCUCCGGCUCGUGGCUCGCCUACGGCCGGAGAUACUUCUCGACCUGUACAACACGUGCUUGACGACAGGAACGUUCAGCGGUCGGUGGAAAGAGGCGAGGCUCGUCCUUAUCCCGAAAGGUAGGGGCGACCCUAACACGCCCUCGGCCUACCGACCGUUGAGUUUACUUGACACGACAGGUAAACUCUACGAACAACUACUGAGACCGAGACUGACGGACGCGAUGCAGGCCGGAGGGGGUCUCUCCGACCUGCAGUUCGGUUUCAGGAGGGGUCGAUCGACGAUUGGAGCAAUCCAAAAGGUGGUUGACUCUUUCCUGGAACUGGACAGACACUGCCACGCAGCCCGACCUAUCGUGCUGCUAGCGACACUGGACAUCAGGAAUGCUUUCAACUCGGCCAGGUGGGUGGAUAUCUUGGAGGCGCUGAAAAGCAACUUCGGGAUCCCACCUUACUUGGCUCGGGUUGUGGAGGAUUACCUGAAAAACAGACGUAUAACGUACGAGACGAUAGAAGGACAGGUAACGAGACAGGUCACCGCUGGGGUUGCCCAGGGGUCGAUACUGGGACCUGACUUCUGGAAUGGCUUAUACGACAGCUUGCUUCGGCUGGAGAUGCCGCUCGGAGUGAUCCUCGUCGCCUACGCUGAUGACGUAGCGGCGGUGAUUACAGAGCGAUCUCCGGAACUAGCACAGUUGAAGUUGAACCAGACCAUGAGACGAGUUGGACGUUGGAUGACAGACCACGGACUGCAACUCGCAACGGAAAAGACGGAACUGACGCUCCUUACGAGAAGACGCAUACAGACGAUACUGCCCAUGAGAGUGGGAGCACACGAGACGGAGACCAAGGGGGAAGUCAAGUACCUUGGGACGAGUCUCGGUUUUGUCUAUACGGUGACGACAGACGGCCACGAGUUUAUCGGCGUCAAGCAGAACGCUUUUUGCGAAACUACGUUCGCCCGAUUGUUGCGUUCAACGGAGGAUCGACUACGUUCACGAAGAUUCAUUUUGAUGCAGGAUAAUGCUCGUCCUCACACAGCGAUUGUCACAAGACGUUUUCUUGAGGGUCAUGACAUCACUGUUUUGAGGCAUCCAGCAGUGAGCCCCGAUUUGAAUCCGAUUGAACAUGUCUGGGAUAUCAUGGGUCGUCGUUUGCGACGGGAGUACCCCAAUUUGCUGAACUUAGCUGAGUUAGAGCAAGCUCUUGUGCGAAUUUGGAGGACUAUUCCUCAAGCGGUGAUAAGAAGAUGCAUCAAUAUGACGGACAGAUUGAACGCCGUAAUCCAGGGCCGUGGUGGACAUACGCGUUUUUGA